CUUAUCAAUGGCUCUUCAAUGGCUAAGCUUAGUUGCUACAAUUUGGCUUCAAUCCAUAAGUGCAACAAACACAAACUUCCCAGCUUACUCAUCUCAACUCAAACUUAUUUUUUCACUCUCACAGCUUCAGCUCAACAACUUAGCUUUUGCAUCCGAUGCUGGAAAACUGUUUGGUUUUGUAUCGGGUUUAGCCGUGGUUUAUCUCCCUCUUUGGCUUGUUCUUUUAGUAGGUUCGGCACUCGGGUUCAUUGGCUAUGGUGUUCAGUAUCUAUUCCUUCUUACAAAUAAAGUUUCCUCCUUACCCUACCCUUUUCUAGUUCUACUAACCCUUUUGGCUGGAAACAGCAUUUGUUGGUUAAACACUGUUUGUUACAUAAUUGUGAUACAUAAUUUCCCAUUUGAUAGACAACUAGCAAUAGGAUUAUCUACAAGCUAUCAAGGUUUAAGUGCUAAGAUAUAUUCAGAGUUUGUUGAUGUGAUUUUUAAGUCCUCAUCUAAAUCUUCACCAAUACAAAUAACAAGAUCAUAUCUUUUGUUGAAUUGCAUUUUACCACUCGUAGUUUGCUUGAUCACUUCGCCAAUGCUUCGAGAAAUUAAAACCACAAGAACCCGAAGAUUAUCUUGUGGGUUUCUGGUAAUUUUUAUAAUCACCAUCUUUACAGGAACUUAUGCUGUGCUUACCAGUUUAGAAUCAGCAAAAAGGUUAUGCCCUCCAGUGGUAAUCUUUAUUGGUAUCCUUUUGUUCUUGGUGGCACCAUUAGUGGUGCCAUUGAUGGAAAAAUUAAGAGAGAAAAUGGAUAGUAAAUGCUUGAUAAGAAGCAGCGGGAAAAGGGUCACUGAUGGGGGCAGCAUGGUAGAGGAAAAUGUAGGGGUGGUGAAUGAACAUGGGGUGCAAGAUGAAGGGCUGUUCAUGUGUGAUGAUGAAGAGAUGGGGGCUAAAGUAAUGCUGAAAAGUUUAAAUUUUUGGUUGUAUUUCUUUGUGUAUAUGUUUGGUGCAACAGUUGGCAUGGUGUAUCUUAACAACUUGGGACAAAUUGUGGAGUCUAGAGGGAGUUCUAACAUUUCUUCUUUGGUGUCAUUGGCUUCUUCUUUUGGUUUCUUUGGUCGCAUCUUUCCUUGCCUUCUUGACUACCAUAUAUCAAGGCUCAAAUUCAAGAAUAAAGUAUCCAGACCAGCAAUGAUAGCACUAAUGAUGAUGCCGAUGGCAGCAUCAUUUUUCUUACUUCUGAGCGGGAGCGACAUUUGUCUAUACAUAACCACAGCUACCAUUGGGAUAUGUACGGGUGCAAUCACCUCGAUCUCUGUGUCAACUACUGCUGAGCUUUUUGGGCCAAAGAACUUUGGUGUGAACCAUAACAUUGUGGUUACUAAUAUCCCAAUAGGAUCGUUCUUGUUUGGAAACAUGGCCGCAUUGCUUUACCGUGGGCAAGCCCUUACAAACAUUGAUGGAAAGUGUUUGGGCGUCAAAUGUUAUCAAACAAGUUUCAUAAUUUGGGGUUCGCUUUGUUUCCUAGGGACCUUUUUAGCUAUAAUUCUUCAUUCAAGAUCUAAAAAGACUUACAUAUAGGUCUAAAAAGACUUACAUAUUAGUUUUGACUAUUUAUAUCUUUUGAUGUAUAGAUGCAUACGUAUAUUUAUGUGCAAGCUCCCUUAUAUAAGGUAUCUAUUUGUGUGGAUACUUCAUUAGUUAUUCAUCAAGAUUGAGUUUAGUAUAUGUUUCUAUUAUUGAGUUUUACAAAAA